AUGGUAGAAAGUAUUGCUAAUUUGCCGGAUAAUGUAUUAGAAGUUUUAUUUUCUUAUCUUGCUUUGCACGACCUUAAGAAUUGUUCUUUGGUUUGUAAAAGUUGGAACAGAUUUUUAAGCGAUGAGAACAGUGACGUGUGGAGAUUUCAAUGCGUUCGUAAAAUAACAGAUGAUACUUUGAAGUCUGAUCUUCUUUCAUCUAUACCUUCGUACAAAGCCAAAUUAAGAGCUUUUUUUCAUGCUUGGAAUCCUGCUGACUGUUCACGAAAUGUUUAUAUUAAAACAAAUGGGUUUACUCUUCAUCGUAACCCUGUAGCUCAAAGUACAGAUGCUGCUCGGUCGAAAGUAGGAUUUAAACGAGGAAGACAUGCUUGGGAAAUCAUUUGGGAGGGUCCUUUAGGUACAGUAGCCGUAAUAGGAAUCACUACUUCAGAAGCUCCAUUGCAAUGUCACGGUUACAUAGCAUUGUUAGGAUCCGAUGAUCAAAGCUGGGGUUGGAAUUUGGUAGACAAUCAUUUGUUACAUAAUGGAGAUUCUCAAGGCAGUUACCCUUUAUUGAAUAAUGCUCCAAAGUAUCAAGUUGGAGAAAAAAUUCGCGUUAUACUUGAUUGUGAAGAUAAUACAUUGUCUUUUGAAAAGAAUUAUGAAUUUUUAGGAGUUGCUUUUAGAGGUCUUCCUGACAAAAAAUUGUAUCCUUCUGUUUCUGCAGUUUAUGGAAACACAGAAGUUUCAAUGGUGUAUUUGGGAGCACCCUUGGAUGGCUAA